AUGGCUUCGAAAGGUCUCCCUGAAUUCAGCCUUAGCGGCAAAGUCAUUCUGGUGUCUGGAGCUGCGCGUGGACUUGGCCUCACACAAGCAGAGGCAUUGCUCGAAGCCGGAGCUACUGUGUACGCCCUUGAUCGACUCCCUGAGCCUUCACCGGAGUUCCACGACAUCGCAAAGCACGCAGCAACGGAGCUCGGCACAGAACUGCAGUACCGGCAGGUUGACGUACGUGAGGUAGAACAGCUCAACAAGAUCGUAGAGGACAUCGCCAGUAAGCACGGAAGGCUGGAUGGGCUCAUCGCGGCCGCUGGUAUCCAACAAGAGACGUCGGCGCUCGAGUACACUGCGGCAGAUGCCAACCGUAUGUUCGAGGUGAACGUCACUGGCGUUUUUAUGACCAGCCAGGCGGUCGCAAAGCAGAUGAUUAAGUACGGCAACGGCGGAAGUAUUAUCUUGAUUGCCAGCAUGUCCGGCAGCGUAGCCAACAAGGGCCUCAUUUGUCCUGCGUAUAAUGCGUCGAAAGCUGGCGUGAUUCAGCUCGCUCGAAACCUCGCCAUGGAGUGGGGCCAGUACAACAUCCGUGUAAACACCAUCUCCCCCGGAUACAUCGUAACGGCCAUGGUCGAGGAGUUGUUCGUCAAGUUCCCUGAGCGCAAGGAGAACUGGCCGAAAGACAACAUGCUCGGUCGUCUUUCCAAGCCCGGGGAAUACCGAGGCGCUGCAGUAUUCUUGCUGAGCGAUGCUAGUAGUUUCAUGACUGGAUCUGAUUUGAAGAUUGAUGGUGGACACUCUGCGUGGUAA